AUGUCUCGUAGACAAGAUCGACAACAAGAGAAAGAAUUAUUUCGACCACUUGUAUUAUUAUUACAUCGUCAAAAUCCUAGCUGGACUGUGCCUGAUAUUGCCGAUUUCUUCGAACAAUCAGAUAAUCCACCAAAUUUAAAUCGACAUGCUUUAAAAUGUAUCAGUAAAAUUAAAAAAAUUGGUUGGAAAUCGUCACCAUCUCCAGUUUACAGGGUUGUCCAAUCAGUCGGAUUAAAAUGGUUUAAAAAAAGAAGAACACAAAAACUGACAUAUGAUAAUAAAGUACAACGUGUUAAAUGUGCAAAGAAGUUAAGAAGAAAUUUUGGUGUUACAAAAAGAUCAAGUAAAUGGAUAUGGGAUAAAAUUAUUAACAUGGAUUUUUCGGAAAAGUUCACCUUAGAAUCAUAUUCAAAUCCACACAACGAAGGUAUUUGGGCAACAAGAUUUGAAGAAAUGCUAUCAACAUCCCGUGAACGACCAACAAGAAAGUUUGCAAGUGGUAUUGUUUUUUGGGGUGGUAUCUCAUACGAAGGACUAAUUCUCAAAAACGGUCCAAUUGAUGCGAUAUUAUGGUUGAAAAAGCAACCAACAGAUAAAAAGAAAAGAACUUAUAUAAAUGGUCAUUUAUAUGCUAAAUGUAUUAAAGAAUUUGCUCAUCCAGAAAUUCAAAAGAACCGUCUGGAAAAUGAAUGUACAAAACGUGAUUUAGGAAAACAUAUUGUUAAAUAUUAUGGUUUAAUUAGUGCUCAAACUGGAUAUGAAAUUCAAGAACUUAUUUUGAAAGUAUUUCGUUAUUGGUCACAACAUGGUGGUGUUUAUUUACUUAGUGGUACAAAUGUUGGAAAAAGUAGUUUAUUUAAUAGUCUUAUUGAUUCUGAUCUUUGCCAUAUUCAUGCACUUGAUUGUAUUCAACGUGCAACUCAAUCAAAUCUUCCUGGCACAAUAAUGAAUGUUCUUCGUUUUCCAAUCCAAUUACGAACUGGAAAAAAUCAAUUUAUGCGUGAAGAACGUUUAAAAGAACGCGAAGAAAAUGAAAUUGUUCCUGAUGAAAAUAGUAAUUCAAUUGAAAAUGAAACAAAUAUUGAUCGUAUGUUUCUUCUUUGCCUUCUAAGGAGUAAAAUAUUAACGACAAAUUGUUUAGAAAAUGUUGAAUCAACAGUAAAAUGGCCUCGUCGAUUUGAAUCUGAAAUGAAUUUAUCAAAAAGUGGUGUAUCAUAUACAUAUUCAUCUGGUGAAAAUUCUUUUUAUGAAGAUCGUUCAUUUGAAUCAAGUGAACAUGAUUAUAUAAAUUAUCGACAAAAGAAAAUGCGAGCUUUUAAUCCUGAUUCAUAUAAAGAUGAAAAAUAG